AUGUCGGGCGCGGGCUACGAUGCCGUCGUAGACGUCGACGACGAGGGCGACCUCGGCCACACCGACCUCCAAGAGGACCUCGAAUUCCACAACUCGAACUUCCAGGACAACGCCGGGGCGCGCAAAGGCACCCACUCCGCGGCCUCAGGUCUCCCACCGCCCGCGACGGCGUCCUCCUCGUCCGGCUCAUCGAAGCGCUACCUGUGGUCGCUGUCGUUCUACGCGCAGUUCUUCGACGUCGACACGUCGUCGGUGCUGUCGCGGUGCUGGGCCGCGCUGUACCCGCGCGCCAACUUCCUCGACGUCCUCGAGGGCAACCCCGACCUGUACGGCCCGUUCUGGAUCGCGACUACCGUCGUGCUUAUCCUGUUCCUUGGUGGGACUAUUAGCCAGUACCUAGCUAAGAUCGGGGACGGGCCGUUUGCGUACGAUUUCGAGCUUUUGAGUGGUGCGGCUGGUCUCGUCUACGGCUACACGCUCGUGAUCCCGAUCCUCCUCUUCGGCGCCCUGCGAUACUUCGGCUCCGAAUCGGCUAACCUCCUAGAGUGCUGGGCGCUAUAUGGCUACUCGAACCUGAUCUGGAUCCCCGUGGCGCUGAUCAGUUGGUCACCCGUCACCAUCCUCAACUGGGUCUUCGUCGGCAUCGGCUGGGGCUUGUCGGUUGCAUUCCUGCUACGCAACCUAUACCCCGUGCUCAGCGCCACCGAUCGCCAGACCAGCAAGGUCUUGCUGGUACUCGUCGUCGCCUUGCACAUGGGCCUCGCCAUCGCGAUCAAGAUUCUAUUCUUUGCGCAUGGCAGUCCUGUUGCCGACAAGAAGCCUGAUGCGGGAGCGGGCGGAGACACUCCGCCUGCUGGGGAUAAGCCGACUGACCCUCCGAGGUUCUUCUAG